GGUAUAUUCAAUGUUGUUAUGUAAGCAAUCACUUGCACUUUUGUCUCACCUUAUUUUUUAAUAACGAAAACCUUCAGGACGUUUUUAAUUGAAUUAUGAAGAAUAUUUCGAAGAUUCCGAAAAAAAAUUCUAUAAAGACAAUUGCUCUCACGAAAUAUCAUGAUUUCACCCAAGAAGAAGUUACCAGCGUACGACAACAGUUAUUGCAGUGGUAUGGCAGAAAUAAACGAGAUUUACCUUGGAGAAAACAGGAUUCAACUGAAGAUGCCAACAAAAGAGCUUAUUCCGUGUGGGUCUCUGAGAUAAUGUUGCAACAGACACAGGUGGUUACUGUCAUUGAUUAUUACAACAGAUGGAUGAAGAAAUGGCCAACUGUUCAAGACCUGGCAAGAGCAGACAUUGAGGAAGUCAACCAAGUGUGGUCAGGUCUGGGAUAUUACUCCCGAGCUCGUCGACUUCAUGAGGCAGCUAAUAAGGUGAUGCAUAAACUGAAGGGACAGAUACCAAGGUCAGCCACAGACUUGCACCAACAUUUGCCUGGUGUUGGAAGGUACACUGCCUCAGCUGUUGCUUCUAUUUCAUUCAAGGAGCCUGUCGGGGUUGUUGAUGGCAAUGUGGUGAGGGUACUAAGUCGAUUACGUGCAAUUGGAGCUAACAGUGAUGACCCUCAGGUGGUCGACACGUUCUGGCAAUUAUCUGAUAAACUUGUAUCUCCUGAUCAACCUGGUGACUUUAACCAAGGCAUCAUGGAGCUAGGGGCCACAGUGUGCACCCCAAAAUCUCCAGCUUGCUCCUCCUGUCCACUCCAGAAUAUCUGUCAUGCAUACAAAAUGAAGAUGAAAAAUGAGCAAUUAGCUGGCAAUACCCUGCUUCGACGAACCAAGAAAGACGAUGUUGUGGACAUUGAAUGUGUUGCCCAAGACUGCCACCUUUGUCUUCCUUCCUCACAACCUUGGGAGAGCAGCCUUGGUGUGACCAAUUUCCCUCGGAAAUCAAAGAAAAAGCCACCAAGGGAACAGACAUCUGCUGUAUUUAUCAUCCGCCGGAAUAGUGCUGAAGGACCCGAGUUUCUGAUGAAUCAGCGUCCAAAAACUGGUCUGUUAGCAGGUCUUUGGGAGUUUCCGACAUUUGAUGUUAGUGAUAUUGAAAAUAACAAGACUCUGUUUUCUAAAUUAGAGGACUUUGGACUCCAAGCUUCGUUACUCGGCAAAAGAUUGAAGAUUGGAGAUGUGAUCCACAUCUUCUCUCACAUCCAUCAAACCUAUUGUGUUGAAGUCAUUGACUACACCAGUAAAUCUACAUCUGACCACUGUCCAGUAGGCACAGCCGUUGUCCGGUGGAUGACCGCAAAAGAGCUGCAGACAUCAGCCAUAUCGACUGCCAUGAGAAAGGUUUUCAAAAGAUUUGAAGAUUCUCAAAAGAAAACAUCAUCCCCUCACAAGAAACCAUCAACAAAACACAAAAUUGCUGGAGAUGAAAGACAGACGAAACGACAAAGGUCUCUAAUGGAUUCCUUCUUCAAAUCUUCUUCGACCCCUACCACUAAAUAAAAAUCAACCCAUACUCACAAACACACACACACAUAUAUCUUGCAUCUUUUAUUCUUUUACUUGUUUCAGUCAUUAGACUGCGGCCAUGCUGGGGCACCACCUUGAAGGAUUUUAGUCAAACGAAUUGA